AAACUCAAACAAUUUGCCAUCAACUAUCACCCUAGCCUUCGCACGAGCUCUAACUCAAGCUCUAGUUCAAAGUCUAGCUCUAAAGCCCUCGUUGUUCCUAAGAACUGUGCAGAAGUACUGAAACGUGGCAAUAAACAAAGUGGAGUGUACAAGAUAGAUCCUGAUGGCAAAGGUGCAUUUCAGGUUUACUGUGACCAGAAGACCGCUGGAGGAGGAUGGACAGUUUUUCAGAAAAGACAAGACGGUUCAGUGAAAUUCUAUCGAGGAUGGAACGACUACAAGAAAGGCUUUGGAAAUCUCAAAGGCGAGUUCUGGUUGGGUCUCGAUAAGAUCCACCGACUUACUCGYCAAACAAAGAACAAACUUCGUGUUGACCUGCAAGAUUUYAAAGGAAAGAGCGCGUAUGCUGAGUACAGCUUCUUUUCUGUGGCCAAUGAACGAAGCAAGUACAAGCUGAGUCUUGGGACCUAUAAAGGCACUGCAGGGGAUUCACUCUCCUUCCAUCGCGGUAUGGCUUUCAGCACCAAAGAUCGUG